GUGGGGUGCGGAGUGUGUGUGUGAGUGUGUAUUUGUAUGUGUGUGUUUGAGGAAGAGAACAACAGAGUCAGUCAGUCAGUGUCUCCUUUGAGACCAUUUUUGUCUUUUUCAACAAGUAGCUUUUCACAAAUUUAAUUUUUUAUCCUUUGUUAAAUCUUAAUCAUCUGUUGCUUUUAUAAAUUCAGAAAUUAAGUUUAAACUUAAAAACAAAAGAGUAGAAAAGUAAACUGAGGUUGCUUUUUUAAAAAACAACAUGGGUGUCAGGACUGCACUUGCCGUUUUUCUUCUUUUCAUCGCUUUUGUGGAUGCUGCUCGGAAAGGUAAAUUUUCACUAACUGUUCAAGUUUUGACAGUUUUCACUGUUCAUGAUUUUAGACAAAAGUUAUUUCAUCAAAAAAAUUAUCUCAUGUAGACACAGUGUUAAAAAGUCACCAUUUCCUGUAGUUCGUGUAUGCUGCUUGACUUUUCUUACUGCUGUGUUUUUACCUUCUGAAUCUCUUAGUUUGAUCAUCUCAUGUUUGCAUUUCCCUUUUUUGUUGCUGCCGUUUAUGAAUCCAAGUGCCGUGAGAGGAAAAUAUACGUCUGAUUUUGAUCGCUUACUUCAUUUCUGUUUCUCAUUCUUAGCUGCCUUUAUUCAUUGUCGGGGCUAAAAAUCUGAGCAGGACUAAAAAUUGUGUUUGAUAAACUGGAGUUCAGCUUCCAGUUAACAACAGUCAAGUUUUAAAAGUGUAUUCACAGACAGACUGCAUAUAAUAUAGACACCAUUAAAUAUCUGUGUGUCAUUAAGCCAAAAGAAUUACAGCUCCCCCUGCUGACUGGCUGCAGUGCAGGUCAUGUACUUUACUGCAGACCCAAGAAACGCAAGACAUUAAUUCAAAACAGGGACAGCAAAAACAGAGAUUAAGCAUCUUAAGUGCUUAAAUCAGCUCCAACGCUCCAAAUCAGCUAAAUCUGGCAUUCCACAAGGAGCAGUACUUGGCCCCAUGCUGUUUAAUUUGAUAUAUUUCCACCUAAGACAAUAAUGAAAAACACUACAUGUCAUUCCAUUCAUAUGCUGAUGAUAUCCACUUGUAAAUCUCCCUUGCAUCCAGUAAUCCCACCCCUGUCAACAAGCUGAUAGACUGCAUUCACACCAUUAACUGUAGCAUGUCAUAAAACUUACUCAAGCAAAACUUUAAGAGUCAGAGAGACAAAACCCUCUAACACCUGAAAUCAAUGUCUCUUUAAGUUGGUGAGUAAGUCAGAGAUCUUGGUGUAACGUUGGGUUCGGAUCUAACCUUUGGACAUCAUUUCACAGACAUAACGAGAACAUCAUUCUUCCAUUAAAAAAGCUCUCAAAGAUAAAACCUUUCAUACUCCUAACUGAUGCAGAAUAAUUAAUCCAUACAUUUCAGACAGAUCUGAUUAGUGCAAUUCCCUCUAUGUAGGACUAUCCAAACAGUCUGCAGGACAGCUGCAAUUAAACUGGCGCACAGCAGCAAGAGUCCUGACACACAUAAGAAAACUUGGACUCAUCCCUCCAGCUCUCAGGUCACUUUAUUGGCUCCCUAUUCACCUUCAAAACUCCUUUAAUUGUCCAUAAAGUGAUCAAUAAUUCAACUUCUCAAAUCUGCUCACAGAAUACAACCUGAUCCGACCCCUCAGGGUACCAGGUGAGAGAGUUGCUGUGUGGAUGAAGGGGCUUUUAUCUACUGUGGUUCCUCUUUCUGGAGCAAGCUACCAGCAGACCUGAGGUCCAUUAUUAAUUAAUUAAUGUUAUUAUUAUUACCAAUGGUAAAGGUGGGAAAUAUUUCCGACAUGUUUCAAUGCAUCAUCCCUGUAGAUUUGUGCGUUCAGGACAGCUGGUGCAGCCCAAAGUCCUGAUAUGAGAGAAAACUGCAAACUCUCCUCAGCUCCUUUAUUGUCCUCUUUUCUAACAGCAAACUAAUGGAGUAAAAAAAAUUAUAUAUAAAAUGAAGUAAGCUCACCAAUGUAAAUGUAUAUCUGUGCUUGUGUUUUCAGGAGGCGUAGAAUUCUGGAGGGAAAACUUCACCAUGUCAUGUCCAGGCAAAGGGAGUUGGUUUGAUGAUGGAAAAGACAUCACUAACGCCAUUGAAAAUGAGACAUAUACAGUCAAAUAUGAAAACAGCAAAACAAGCCAGUUUUACUGUGUCCCGAAAUUAGGUUCGGGAAACAUAAAAUAUCACUUCUAUGUUCGCGGAAAGGGUGCGUGUACGGAUCUGAUUUCUCGUGAUUUACCGUAUUUUUCUGUACUGAGCUGUCACUAAACUUGCCGCUCAUCUUUGUCCUGCAGGGUGCGAGAAAUGCUUUGAGCUGGAUGCUAUGGUGAUAGGCUUAGCUAUCAUUGCAGAUGUUGUCAUUACGGUGGUUGUGAUGAUGAUCAUCUACGGAUGUACCAAGAAGAACAGCUCUGAAGGAUCAUCUAAGGCUUCAAGUGGUAAAAAUAAAAAUGAAAAUAAUCCACUAAUAAUCAGAAAGGUUUUAAAAAGCAUGCAACUGCAGCUCAGAAAAGGACAGUAUGUGUCUUCAUCGCAUUAGUAAAUGGUCACUCAUAUCCUGUUACUAUGUUGUAGCACACCCUCGUCCUGGAGGCCGAGGUCCACCAGUACCAUCACCUGACUAUGAGGUGCGUAUAAAACAAAGCUACUUUGCAGAGUGAGAGCACUCAACAUAUUUUGACAUGUUUUCUAUUUUAAUUCAAAGCUUAGCAGCUCUCAGCAGCAGCUAAAAUAAAUAUGACCCCUCUCUUUGUACUUUUUCUACCUAAAAGAUGUGAAUAUCCAGAAGGUCUUUUUUAAAAUUUCAUAAAAAUAUGAUCCAAACUUAUUAAAAAAACUAUGAGGAAACGCACUGGAGGAGAUUCGUGACAUUAGUAACAUGACUGGGUAUAAAAAGGAUGUUCAGAGAGGCUGAGUCUCUCUGACUGAAAGAUGGAAGAGGUUCACCACUCUGUAAGAGACUGUGUGAGCUAAUAGUUGAACAGUUUCAGAAUAAUGUUCCUGAGUGUCAAACGUGAAAGAAUGAGUGGAUUUUAUCAACUGCAGAACAUCAUAUCAUUAAAAGAUUCAGAAAAUCUGGAGACAAGGACCAAAACCAAGACUGGAUGGUCCUGAUCUUCAGACCCUCAGGCAACACUGCAUCAAAUACAGGACUCUGGAGUGGAAGUAACUGCAUGUGCUCAAAAUCACUUCCAAAAACCACUGUCUGUGAACACAGUUCAUCACUGUGUCCACAAAUGUAGGUUAAAACUGAACAAUGCAAGAAUUAAACCAGAUACAAACAUGAUAUAGAAAGACUGGGGACUUCUCCAGACCAUAGCCCAUUAAGGAUAGACCAAGAGGAAGAGGAAAACUGUCCUGUGGUCCGAUUUUUUAAAUGUCUUGCUGGUAUUAAAUUUAAAACUAGCAGAUAUUUCUUGCAAAAUAAUCGAGGUUUUUAUCCUUUGUCAUGUUGUGUUCAGACUUUUCAAUUGAAUGUUGGUUUUAAAUUAUUUGGGAACCAUCAACAUCUGUGUCUGUAAGUGUUUUAUAUAUGUUUAGGUAUUGGGGUUGUAGCUCGAGCUGAGAUGAGGGUCAUUUCCUCUCAAAUCUUAAUGUUAAUAAACAUUAAAGCCUCAUAGAGUAACAUGACUGUCAUGACACUAACCCUGUCUCUGUUGUGAUUUUACAGCACCUGAACCCUCGCACCCGUAGCCAGGAUCCAUACUCUAUGUUGCACUAGAUAGGACUAGGACGAGUCCCAAGACCACGUGGGGUAGUGCUGAACUACGGCUGUACAACAUACAACUUAAAUGAACAUCAACCGUGCUCCCAGGACUAUGCACAUGGCUUUUGCAGUUAAAUUGCACUUCAUAGAAUUGCAAAAUAAACGUCAAAUUUGUUUCUUGGUAAUUCAGGAUUCAUUUGUUCAGGUAUGUGCAUGAAAGGAAUUAUUCACGUUAAUCAUUAUGAUGUCUGAAUUCCCAGUAAUCCCCAAACCUACAGUUAUUUCUACAGGUACUAGGGGUGAGUGGAAGUAAAUAGAGGAGCUUAGUUAAUUUAAAACAACAUUUAUUAAGUUUUUUAUAUUUGAUCGUAAAGUGAUAUGUUUAUGUUCAAACAGGGAAAACAGAGGAUUACAAAGUGCUAUGAAGGUUAUCUGUAAUGUUUCUUUUGUUAGUCAUCCAAAACCUUAAGCAAUGUCCACAGUCUGCAGGUGUACCACAGAAAUAAGUAAUUUGUUAACCGACAGUACUAAAUAACUAAUUUAUUUGCAAAAAAUUUUUAAACAAGUUUGAUUCAACAGCGAAAAAAAGAAUAGGGAAAUUUAGGACAUGCCUAUCAAUAAGGUAAAAAGGGCCUGUGUCCACUCGCAGCAUUUUUGUGCUGGCAGCUCCUUUGUUCUGAACAUGCGUUGGUACAUUUUUGCAGAAAUGGUUUAACUUUUUUUUUUUUUUAACAUUUUUUUUAAACCAGCUCAAUGCUCAAAAAUGGUAUUAUGGUGGAAUACAAACCUUUAAAAUUUAGUUGCAGAGUGGAAUCUGGAAAGUGCCACCAUUUCUGUCGCCACUGUAAAAAGUAUGAUGUUUAAACCUUGAAUUUGGAACGAUGCAUCAAAUCAGUCCAACUGAGUGUGUUUUGUAUAUACUCUGUACAUUUCCGCUUUAAUUUACAACAGUGUUAAAUGGAUUAUUAUUUUUAUUGUUAUUAAUGACAGUAAUAGUUCAACUUGUUUUACCUGUGCUCAAAUCUUAUCAUCUUGUAAAGAACAGCGUUUAACAUACUGUUAAAAAGUGCUCAUUGGCUUGAUUUCCGCUUUGUCUUACUGCUGCUUUAUUAACGUCCUCUUACUGUAAAGGGUGAGACAUGUGUUACUAAUAAACCGCAGCCAUCACUG